AUCCCUCCACUCUAAAAGGUGCAUCCCAGCUGAGCUCAAUUGCUAAAGUUAGAGAUAGAGAGAGAGAGGGAGAGGGGAGAGGGAGGAGAUUAAUAGUUGUGUGAAAGGAAGGGUGUUUGUGGAUCAAUGGCAUUUGCAGAGUUGAUUCUUGUGCUGUUAUCUAUGGCGGCUGUAAUGAAUCCUUGUUUGUCUCAGCGGCAUCAGCAGCAGCUGCUUUAUCCCAACUUCUACCGCCGGAGCUGCCCGCGAUUUGACCAGAUCAUGCAAGAAACCACCACCAACAAGCAGAUCGUUUCCCCCACCACCGCCGCCGCCACCCUCCGCCUCUUCUUCCACGACUGCUUCGUCGGCGGCUGCGACGCCUCCAUGCUCAUCUCCUCCACCCCUUUCAACAAGGCCGAGCGCGACGCCGACAUCAACCUCUCCCUCCCCGGCGACGGCUUCGAUGUGGUCAUCCGCGCCAAGACCGCUCUCGAACUCGCCUGCCCCGGCGUCGUCUCCUGCGCUGAUAUCCUCGCCGUCGCAACACGCAACCUCGUCGUCCAGACCGGCGGCCCGUUUUACGCCGUGAAGCUCGGCCGGAAAGACGCAUUGGUGUCGAAAGCCGGUUAUGUGGAAGGGAAUCUACCCCGCCCCACAAUGACCAUGGACCAAAUCCUCAAGAUUUUCCUGUCCAGAGGCUUUUCGAUUCAAGAAACGGUAGCCCUUUCCGGCGCACACACAAUCGGAUUCUCGCACUGCAAAGAGUUCAGCUCCAACAUCUACAAUUACAGCCGGGCAUCGCAAUCCGACCCGUCAUAUUACCCUAAAUUCGCGCAGGCAUUAAGAAAUGCCUGCGCAAAUUAUCACCAGAACCCGACAUUAUCCGUCUUCAACGAUGUGAUGACUCCGAACAAAUUCGACAACAUGUAUUAUCAGAACUUGCCCAAAGGAUUAGGGCUACUGGCAUCCGAUCACGCGUUGAAUUUGGACCCCAGAACCAGGCCUUUCGUGGAGCAAUACGCUAAGAAUCAAACUGCCUUCUUUGAGGCAUUUGGUCGAGCAAUGGAGAAGCUGAGUACGUAUGGCAUCAAGACUGGGCGUUCCGGCGAGAUUAGACGGAGGUGCGACGCUUUCAACAACUGAAGCAAUUAGGGUUUCCUUUUGCACAGGAUCGAUCUCUGAGAAUGUUUUGUUCUUUGCUUUUGCCUGCUGCUAUUCAGAUUCAUCUCCAUAAUUUCAAUUAUGUAUACAGUGUAAUCCUUUUCAUUGGUCGCAUCUUAAACCUUAAUUAUAUAUAUACAUUUGUUUUUUUUUUU